AUGUUUGACAAAAAGAAAGACGACCUGCUGGAAGAUAUUGAAUCUUCCAAUGCAAUAGCGCAAGAAAUUUCGUCAGAUGGGCUUAAACUAUCAAUUUUAAAAUUUCUCGAGAAAGUUUUCAAAGUAAAAUAUCACAACAAAAUGAACUACAGAAACCAAUUAAUUUUCGAGAUAACUACAAAUAUUGUUAUAGCUCUUCAAAUGCUCUCUCUUAUUUGAUAUCCUGAUAUGAAUAUCAAGCAAUGAAAUAAAUACAAUAGUUUAUGAAAUUUUGUCAGGUAUUUUAACUUAAUUUCUAUAUGCAGCGAAAUUGAUGCAAUAGUUUUGGGCUUUUAUGGGAUAAUUUCUCUGAUAUUGUUUUGCAUUGCUAGUUGGUUAAGCAUGAAACGUCCACCGCUGCCAAUACCAAGCUACCUAGCCUUGAUAAUAAGAAAUAUAAGAAUAUUCAGUGUGUUUGCGUCUAAAUUAUUAAAAUGCGAUUUAUAGCAUAUUUACAAAUAUAUUUAAUACUUUAUUUUAUAUCCCUGCUAUUAAAAAAUUUUUAUAUGGCUAGCAAAUUUAGCUCAUAUUUUUGAAUUAAAUUUAAAUGAGAUAUAUCAUGCUUUAUAUGUAAAAUAAGUUAUUGAAACAAACUUAAUCUAUUAAAAUGCAUUUAAUUUAGUGCAAUCAAUGCUAAAUAUUGUAUGCGUCUAUGAUGCAUAAUUAUGUUGAAAUUGAUUUAUUUUGUGUUUAUCCAUUUUAGAGCAGAAUCGGUUGAAUCCGUUUUUAAAAUGUGAUAAUUAAGAGAAAUCCAGUGCAUUUCUCUAUUAACUAUCUUAUUUAUUAGUCUAAAACUUUUUACAAUAUAAAAAUGUUGUAUAUUCCCAGAGAUAUGAAAUAAAGUAUUAAACAUAUGUGUAAGAAUUCUACAAAUCUCGUUAUAAUAGCAUAGGCACGAAAAUACCACAAUAGCCCUUAUAUUUCUUAUUAUCAGGACUAGGUGAUAAACAUAAAAUGGCCGGUGACGAGCAAUAUUUUCUAUCUGGGCAGGUGCUCUUAUAUAUAUCCAGACUACUUUUGGUGCAGAGAUCUGCCCAUUGUUGGGUUAGCCUCGAAGCGAGAGGUUCAGCAAAUUUUUUAGCAAACAGCGCCAAAACGCCCGAUAGACGCAGGGCUUACCUACCCAAGCUGCUUUUAGCCUCUCCUAAAAAUCUGCUCAAGCACAUUAAGUUUUUCUCUCGGAGAUGAUCUGGAGAAAAAGAGAAGAUAGACGAAGAUCUCAGGGCUAAUCUCUCCAAUCUAAAAGAGUCCAUCAAUGAAUGAUUAAGUUACACAGGGUUGGGCAAUCUGGCACUUGGGCUGGAAAUGGAGGUUUAUGCCAAAUCUGCUUUGGCCUGAUCAGUAGGGAGAAUGCCUCUAUUGAGAAGCUGGGGUUUCGGCCCAGGCUUAGGAUGCCUUGAGGGGCCAGCAGGCAUUCGCCUGCAGAAUGCAAAGCACUUCAGGAAGCUGGGACUGUAAAUACUGAUUGUAAUCUAAUUUAAUCUAAUCAAGACUAGAUAGUUUGACAUUGAAGGGGGGGUGUUUUAUGCUUGAAUAGCUAUUUUCAUAUUUGUAGCUGUUCUUGGCUAUUUUAAAAAAGAAGCUCCAAGCAUAAUUACUGCAUUAACUCAACAAAUUAUAAGUUUUAUUAGCACCAUUGCAUAUAUUCCUGGGCUUUUGUUCUUUUCAAUGAUUUUUAAGUAUUCUUCUUUUGGCUAUGCAGAAAUAUAUUAACUAAUAUGAUGGAGAUGACCACCCAUCCUUUUGACUCAAUUUUCUCAACACUCUAUGGAAUGCCUAGCUGGGAAGCAAGCUGAGAAGCAGGUGGCAUCCUUAGUGCAUAUUGGGCCUGUGGUUUUCUCUGCCGUAUAAAUUUUAAAUUCUAAGGUAUGGGUUUUUACCUCCCUGUAACUCUUGGAAAGGAAACGGUCAGCGAAAGAUAUAAAAAACCAGAGCAAUAAGACUCCUCUCUGGCCUGCAAGACAGCAUGCACCUAGCAAAAUACAGGGAGCUAUCUCCCGCGGAAUCAGCCAUAACUUCCGCCCUCCGUAAGCGAGCACAGCCAUCGGAAAAUCUCUAUGUUUUUGGUAGCACACACUCUCCGUGAGCGAACAAAAAAUUUUUUAUGAAAAAAGAUUUGAUAUAUAAAGUGAUAUUUACUAUCAUGAAAUUCCUAUCUAAUUUUGUUUUAUUUAAAGCAAAUUUUACAAAUUGAAUUAGUUUUGGCGUCCCAAUUUUGUGAAUUGGAUUUUUUACUAUAAAUUUCUUUCUUAAAAUAUGAUCCCCUCCAUAAGUGAACAAAAAUUUUUAAUUUACACACGGGGAGCCAGACAGUCCAAUCCGGUUGUGCAAAACUCUACUGUAGUAUAAGGAAGGCGCCUGUCGGGAUACCUCUGUGAUGAUGAGCAUAAAUGGCGAACAACGAAUACUAAUCUAAUCUAUCUAUACAGAGAUAAAAGAAUUUCAUGGGAAUAAGUCAGUGAGCCAGCUGGACUAUGGUUUUAUCGGCGCUGCCUUAGGCAUAAUAUUCGAUUUUUUAUUAAUUUUGCUCGCUAUUUCACAUGAAUUACUUACAGCAGACUUAAGGCAUACUUUUGCCAGCAAAAACAUUCGUGCUAGGUCUCAUUCUACUAUAGAUGUAGAAACUCUCCUCUUUUAUCCAAUUCAAGUAUUUUUGUAUCUUUUCGUAGGAAAUUCUUCUACAGUAUAUUAUCAAUUAUCUUUGUUCAUUAUUGGUGGGCUGUUCACAAUACAUAUAUUAUAUUAUCUUCCUUAUUACACUCCUGUAGGAAACUCAAUUGAGUCGAGUAGAAUGAGUAUGUUUACAAUAACAAUAAUCUUUUUUUUUAUUGGUUAUGCCUUAGAUGAUGCAGGGGUCUUUGCUUUACUAGGAGUAUGCUUGCAGAUUUUUAUCGCUGGAGGCACCACAAUUAUAGCGUACUCUAGCUACAAUAAAGCUCACAAAAGAAAAAACGAAAUAGCCACACAAUAUGAUUUCGAGUUAAAAAUUAGGCAUCUAUUAAUGAACAAAUCAACAGAUAAUCGCAAAAAAGUUAUUGACAGCUUUACUUAUUUCAGCAAACAAAAAAAAUUUAUUAGAAGCAAGCUUUUUGUUAUAUGAGAAACUUAUUACUGCAUAUUUAUCCUAAAAGACGAAAGAUUAGCUAGAAUAAAAUUUUCAAAAAUUAUCAACUAUAAGUCAAGCCCAGAAGCAUGAAUUCAAGAAUUAAAAAUCAUCAAAUGGUUUGAAGAUAAUAAAUCCAAUGUCUUUGCAGAAACAAAUUUUUUAGAGUAUUUAAUUGAGCUUGAUAAGGUAAAAACUCAAGAUAAAAGCAUGUGCUUCAUGCUUUUGAAGCUGUGGAAUGAAAUUACAGCUCAUAAACCUAGGAUAAACUCUCUUAGAAAAUAUGUAGCCAAGGUCGCAGAGAAUAUUUCAUAUGCGAAAACUUCUUAUAAAAAUCUUAUAGGAAUUCAUAAGCAUGCUUAUGCUUUCGAAAUAUAUGGAACUUUUCUGCAAGAUAUUGCUGGUGACUAUGAAGAAGGAGGGAUUAUUUUGAGAAGAAUGGAUGGACAUAAGGACCAUGAUUUAAUGAUUGGGGAUGAAAAAAGAUUAUCAACCUUUAGAGAUCGAUAUGGAAUCAUGCUAAUUUCAGCUAAUGAAGGGACGUUUGGAGAAAUUACAUAUUUAAACGAAAAAGCUGCCCAGCUAUUGAGCGCCCCUUCAAUAGAAGCACUUGGUACUCCUUUUUCUAAUUAUAUACCUGAAAACUACAGUGGAGUCCAUGAUAGUUAUAUGAAGCAGUUUGCGGAAUCCUGCAUACACCCUGAAGUUGGCAAGCCAAAUGAUUUUUUUCUGCAAAACGAGAGGGGGUAUUUAGUAGAAUGCCAAAUGAUUAUCAGAUAUACAGCUUUUAGUAGCUCUUCUUUUUUCUUGGUAUCUAUGAGACCUAACUCCCCCCUCCGUGAGUGAACGAAACUAUUAGAAAAAUCCCUAUUUUUUUGCCUAAAAACCCACCUCCGUGAGUGAAACAAAAUUUUUUAAUAGAAAAAGUUUUAUGGAAAAAAAAUUUUGAUAUAUAAGUGAUAAUUAUCAUGAUAAUCUAGAGCUAAUUCUGUUUAAUUUUAAACUAAUUGCUUUUUAAAACAUAAAUUUUAUAAAUUAAAUUAAUAUUUGCUUUUCAAUUUUUGCUAAUUAGGAUUUUUUUUAAAUUUCGAAAAAAAAUAUUUUCUAUAAAAUUUAUAUAUAAAUUUUUUAAAAAAUAGAACAAAAUUUUUUUGUUCACUCACGGAGGGGAGUAAGAAUACCACAAGGCAGAUGGCAUAUUUGACUGAAACCGGAAUGAUAAUAAACUACACUCAUUCUUUUCCAAGCCAUCUUAAUUAUGAAAAUCGAUCUUUAAGGAGCCAAUCCAUUACACAGCUAAUCCCAAGCAUAAAGAUGACUGAAAUGAAGCCUUAUGAGCCAUAUCUCACUCACAUACGUACAAAAGAAGUCGGCUUUGUCCACGUAAUCAAGCAGCUCAAGCGUUCUCUGAUCCAUUUACUAUUGCUAAUUCACGAUGAAAAAGAAAUCAAAAUUUGGAAAGAAGGGCUUGACCAAGAACAAUUAGACUAUUUCAAUAAAGAUAUAGACAAUAGUGAUAUAAUAAAUCCAGCUUAUACAGUGCUAAAUGCAACAGAAACAGUUUUUUAUUAUGGGUCUCAUUAUAGCGAAAAGAGAUUAUCAUAUAUCAGAAAAUCAUUUGAUGAAAAUGAAAAAGAUGAAGAAGAAACAGAUGGGAAAAACCAAACUCUUGAAGUCACAACUAUUGAAGAAAAAAUGGGCAAAGAUUUAGAUGACGAUGAAAAGGUGAAUACAGAUGGAUAUCAACCUAAUAGUCCAACUAUUAAUAUGCAUCGUAAUUGAAAUUCAGAUCAUAUUAAAAAGGUUAUAGAGGAUGCAUCAAGAAAAAUUAAGAUUUUUCAGUGAGUUUUGUUUGCUACGGUAAAUUUAAAGUAGGUAAUUGCUGUGAUUUGCACUAAUGUUGGGAUUGUAGCUUAUAUGUAUGAGGAAAUAAACCAUACUGGAUCACUUAAAACUUUUGAAAACCUUGGAGAAAUCGCUUAUAAUUUAGGAGUUACGGCAAAUUUUGCAAGUCUGUUAGAAUUCGGCAUGGUAACAGGCCAAUCCAAUGUUGCAGAAAAUAAAGAGAGGCUAACGAACUCUAUUGAAGAGCUAAGAUCUUUAGAAAAUACAAUACUUGAUGAUUAUUCCAGCUGAAAAUAUUGCUCUUAUUCUGAAAUUGUUAAGGAUCCUAUAAUCCCCACUUGAUCUUUUGAAUUUGGACCACAAAUUUCGCAUCUGAAUUUAUAUGACCAAGUGGAAAAAUUCAUUUAUCAUGUAAAUUAUAUAUAGGGACAAAACAUGCUCUCUAAUAUUAACCAAAAUAUAAGCUAUAUGGAUGAUUUCAAAUUUCUAUUUAUUAAUAGCUUAGGCUUUACCUAUCAUUAUACAUAUUAUUCACUGGAUGGGCUGAUUAGCUGUGAGCAUGAUAGAAUAACUAAUGAAGGAGUAAUUGUGACAGGACUGAUAUUUUUUGGGCUGGGAUUUCUUACCUUAUGCAUUUUGAUAUUGUCUUAUUUUGCCUUUGCAACCAGUAAGAAAAGCGAUAUCUUUUGAAAUGCUAUUAAAAAAAGCUCUCAUUUAGCUUAUCAUGCACUUAUGGGGGCAUGUAUUGAUAGGUUAACAACUGUGCAUGGGAUCACUUAUAGAGGCUGCCUUUGAGUAGCGCUCUAAGCGCCCGAGACUUCCCGACGAAGUCUGGGCGGUGGUUUGACCAGCUGAUGUUGGUCAAACCAACAUCCAAAAUGACAAAUUCUUCUUAUACAGAAGGUUUGUCAAAUUGGAUGCUGGUUCGACCAACAUCAGCUGGUCAAACCACCGCCCAGACUUCGUCGGGAAGUCUCGGGCGCUUAGAGCGCUACUUAAAGGCAGCCUCUAUAUCUGUCAGAAGAAAACAAUGUAAAUAAUUUUAAAAAGAAUGACAGCGGUGAAGUAAUAUCAAGGACUUAUUGGAGAUAUAUUUGACGACUUAUUAUUCUGCUCAUAUUUUCUUCUAUAUUUUAUUUAAUUACAGGAUUCUGGCUUUAUGGAGACUGCCAAACUUAUAUGCUUCAUCGGUCUGAGUUGCUAGUGAAUUUUAUAAAAAGAAGAGUCGAGCUAUCAAGGAUGAGUUUGUUUGGUAGAGAAUUGUCAGAUCCACUGAUGAGCCAUCGAUUUCCGGAAUCUUAUAGUUUCGAUGACUCUAAUGAAGAAUUUAGCAGAGCAAAUAAAACCUUCUGAGAUGGAUUAGAGCAAUUAAAGGAGUAUUCCUUAAAAGAACUCAUGUCGAAUGAACUCAAAGUAAGGAUUUUUGAAAAUAUUGAUACUGAUAAUGAACUACUUCAGUAUGGAACAUAUUUAGCAUCACAAAUUGUUGCAUGUGACGUUAAUUCCAUAACUCAGAGUUAUCGAUUUGGGUCUUUUGAUGUAAAAAACGAAAUUAAUCAGAAUGUGCUAGAUGUAAACGAUGAAGUAGGAACAGACUGACAAAUGGCAAAUAAUGAUUCAAAAGACAAAAUAUACAACCAACUAUACAUUAUUAUUUAUUUUACUCUUUCGUACUCUAUAGCAAGUUUCUUUCUAUUCAUAGCAUUUUAUAUGCCAUUUCUUUCAGAGGAAAAGAAAUUCCUUUUAAAAGUGCAAAUAAUAUCAUCAAUUAUUCCAAAUAACAUCAAAAAUCCAAAACAAAGCAUUUAA